AUGUCCAAGCUCAAACAAGACUCAGCUUCAGUCCCCAUCAGUCGCGACGUCACGUUGAUCCCCGCGGUUGGCGGCGCCCGUAUCAUGGUGAAUCGUACGCAACUCUACGCUGCUAGCGCGGACGAAGCCAACUGGACGUCACCCAACACGAUCCAGUUCACAGACCCCGCCUUUGAAUCAGGGGAGGUGCUCCGCUACUUCGCCAGUCUCGUCAGCAACGGCGAGAUCGGCCCCGAAGGCGACGUUUUUGAUGACAACAAACAGGUCGUCCCCGCCGUGGUCAAGUUUCUGCGCCGCUGGGACUGCUCCCGCUUCCUCGCUGUCAUCUGCCAACGUACUGCCGAAGCUCAUGCCGGGGCCGAGAUCAGAGACAGUCAAGCCUUCGUCAUCGGUGCACUUGCCGAGGACGUGCGCCUUUGCCAACAAGCCGUCGCCCACAGACACGAACCGCUCGAGGUCUCGCACAUUCCCAUCGAGUUCUGGCCUCACAUCAAGCCAGAGUAUCUCUUCGCUUUGGCUACGAUUAAGGCGGACAAGGAGCGGAUCCGCUGCGACGAGCUUUGUGACGCUAGGACCUGGCGUGCGCUCGUCGAGCUGGGCGCUGAUGGCUUGAGGUACUUCGCUGAGUCGUGUGAGAUGGGCAAAGCACCCUUCCCCCUUUCGCCUUGUGUCUGUAAGAAGGAGAAGAAGAAAUUGAUCGUCAAGAAGGAGCUGGGGAUCAAGUCGUAG